AAGACCAAAUCACCAAACUCAAAACUUGCAAAAGUUUUUGAAGAUCUGUGAACCUGGGCAGUGUGGGUCCCUGGACAGAGUCUGUCUUCUGCCACAUGAACUUCCACAUGAGAGCAGUGAAUUACAAAUGCUGUUUGACCACAUUGCUGAAUGCCUGGCCAACUUCAUGGAUAAGCUACAAAUCAAAGACAAGAAGCUCCCUUUGGGUUUUACCUUCUCAUUCCCCUGUCUCCAAACAAAACUAGAUGAGAGUUUCCUGGUCUCAUGGACCAAGGGGUUCAAGUCCAGUGGUGUGGAAGGGAAAGAUGUGGUUACUCUGAUCCGGAAAGCCAUCCAGAGGAGAGGGGACUUUGAUAUUGACAUUGUGGCAGUGGUGAAUGACACAGUUGGGACCAUGAUGACCUGUGGUUAUGAUGACCAGAACUGUGAGAUUGGUCUCAUUGUGGGCACGGGCAGCAAUGCUUGCUACAUGGAAGAGAUGCGCCAUAUCGACAUGGUGGAGGGUGACGAGGGCCGUAUGUGUAUCAACAUGGAGUGGGGAGCCUUUGGGGAUGAUGGCGCGCUUGACGACAUCCGCACGGAGUUUGACCAGGAGAUCGACAUGGGCUCUCUGAACCCCGGGAAGCAACUAUUUGAGAAGAUGAUCAGUGGAAUGUACAUGGGGGAGCUGGUGAGGCUUAUCCUAGUGAAGAUGGCCAAGGAGGAGCUGCUUUUUGGGGGGAAGCUCAGCCCUGAACUCCUCGCCACGGGCCACUUUGAGACCAAAGAUGUUUCAGAUAUUGAAGGGGAGAAGGAUGGCAUCCGGAAGGCCCGUGAGAUCCUGGUGCGGCUGGGCCUGGACCCGACACAGGAGGACUGUGUGGCCACUCACCGGGUCUGCCAGAUCGUGUCCACGCGGUCAGCCAGCCUGUGUGCGGCUACACUGGCAGCUGUACUGCGGCGCAUCAAGGAGAACAAGGGCGAGGAGCGGCUGCGCUCCACCAUUGGGGUGGACGGCUCUGUCUACAAGAAGCAUCCCCAUUUUGCCAAGCGUCUUCACAAGACCGUGCGGCGCCUGGUGCCCGACUGUGACAUCCGGUUCCUCCGCUCUGAGGAUGGUAGUGGCAAGGGGGCAGCCAUGGUGACAGCAGUGGCCUACCGGCUGGCCGAUCAACACCGAGCCCGCCAGAAGACCCUGGAGCCUCUGAAGCUGAGCCGUGAGCAGCUGCUGGAGGUCAAGAGGAGGAUGAAGGUAGAAAUGGAGCGAGGUCUGAGCAAGGAGACUCACACCAUUGCCCCCGUCAAGAUGCUGCCCACCUAUGUGUGUGCCACCCCUGAUGGCACAGAGAAAGGUGACUUCCUGGCCUUGGACCUUGGGGGUACCAAUUUCCGGGUCCUGCUGGUGCGCGUGCGGAAUGGGAAGCGACGUGGAGUGGAGAUGCACAACAAGAUCUACUCUAUCCCGCGGGAGGUCAUGCAUGGCACAGGGGAUGAGCUCUUUGACCACAUCGUCCACUGCAUUGCCGACUUCCUUGAGUACAUGGGCAUGAAGGGCGUGUCCCUGCCUCUGGGUUUCACCUUCUCCUUCCCCUGCCAGCAGAACAGCCUGGACGAGAGCAUCCUCCUCAAGUGGACUAAAGGCUUCAAGGCAUCUGGCUGCGAGGGUGAGGACGUGGUUACACUGCUGAAGGAAGCCAUCCACCGGCGAGAGGAGUUUGACCUGGAUGUGGUUGCUGUGGUGAAUGAUACAGUUGGGACUAUGAUGACCUGUGGCUAUGAAGACCCUCACUGUGAAGUUGGCCUCAUUGUUGGCACGGGCAGCAAUGCCUGCUACAUGGAGGAGAUGCGGAAUGUUGAGCUGGUGGAAGGGGAAGAGGGGCGGAUGUGUGUCAACAUGGAGUGGGGGGCCUUCGGGGACAAUGGAUGCCUAGAUGACUUCCGCACAGAAUUUGAUGCAGCUGUGGAUGAACUUUCCCUCAACCCUGGCAAACAGAGGUUCGAGAAAAUGAUCAGUGGCAUGUACUUGGGCGAAAUUGUUCGUAACAUCCUCAUCGAUUUCACCAAGCAUGGGCUGCUCUUCCGUGGCCGCAUCUCAGAGCGGCUCAAGACACGGGGAAUCUUUGAAACCAAGUUCCUGUCUCAGAUUGAGAGUGACUGCCUGGCCCUGCUGCAGGUCCGUGCCAUUCUGCACCACUUAGGGCUCGAGAGCACCUGUGAUGACAGCAUCAUUGUCAAGGAGGUGUGCACUGUGGUGGCGCGGCGGGCAGCCCAGCUCUGUGGUGCAGGCAUGGCCGCCGUGGUGGACAAAAUACGAGAGAACCGUGGGCUGGACACCCUCAAAGUGACAGUGGGCGUGGACGGGACCCUCUACAAGCUACAUCCUCACUUUGCCAAAGUCAUGCAUGAGACGGUGAAGGACUUGGCUCCAAAAUGUGAUGUGUCCUUCCUGGAGUCGGAGGAUGGCAGCGGGAAGGGGGCGGCUCUCAUCACUGCUGUGGCCUGCCGCAUCCGAGAGGCUGGACAGCGGUAGAGCCCUGAGAUUGGAAGGACUUCCUCUGGUUUCCCUUCUUUCCUGCUUUAAAUUAUAAGCUGAUCCCCUUGUGUCAGAGACAGACCCCUUGGCUUUUCCUUGGCAGAGAGGAACUUAUUGGACUGGGUUUUGUCUCUGUCUACUCAUUGUAGAGUUUGGUACCCAAGGCUUAGCCCUCCUGAGAUAAAUACAAUUUGAAGUAAGGAUUUGUUCACACUUGUCACAACCAUUACCAUUGGUUCUCUUAAAAUUUGAAAAAAAAAUUUAACCUUUAGUAAUCCCCCUGGCCAAAUUCCAUGUCCCUGUAUAAUCCUACAGGGUGGGGACACUAAUGAAAAAUAUGGUUGCUUCACCUUGGAGCCUGAACAUGACAUUUCUAGGUGGAGAGCAUCCCCCAGCAUGGAAGUUGAUGCUAUUUCUCCUCUCAGAGAUCUGGGAGGUCUCCACUGACUUGAGUCUGAUUCUCCCAUAGGCAGGGAGGAGGAGCGGCAAUGGAGGGGAAACCCAUGGAUAGCCAUGUGGCAGCCCCACUUCAACCUCAUCUUUAAGCGUUUGCCUAGUGGGUUCCAGUGGAUGCUGUUCCUGGAAUCAAAGCAUCCUGAGUCUGAGCAAGCAAAACCAAAGCCAAGAGUCCAGUGAGUGGGCUUGUUGUCACAUCUCCUUGUGGGUUCACAAGUCAUCCAUAAGCAGUAGACCUUUGGGGGAGGGAAGACUUUUUGGUCUGUUUAGAAAUUUUUUCCUGCAGAAGUGGAAACACUGUAUUUUCAUUUUAAUUUAUAUUUGAAAUUUAUUUAGUUCAUGAAGUACAUCUUCUUCAUUUUGACACUGUACGUAACGAUUGGUUGUAUGUAACGUAUUUAUAUGUUAAUUUGUUAUGUCUGUAAAUACACAGGGUCUCAUUAGUAGAUCAGUGUAGUUAAAGGAUGGAAGAUGAAGAUACUGAUUGGUUACUAGAAAUACCUCAUUCAUCUGCAGGAAAAGAAGGAAAGCCUCUUUAGGGUGAGCAAAUGGCCAAGCAGCUCCUUGCCAGCUCCUCCUUUCCCUGCAGACUCAGAAACUUGGAAGGUGGCUGGGGCUAUGGAUUGAAGAAACCACACUAACUGGCUGCUCAAUCUAGGGACUUUCCUGGAGCCAUAUUACAUGAGAUGUUAACAAAAGGAAACAGGAAUCAUUUCAAAUAGACUGCUUAGAAAUCUUCAUUCCUAGGGCAGUUAUUCGUAUUUUAAACCUCUCUAACAAGAUAAAGGAAGCCACCAAAAACAUUAAAAAAAAUUGUCUAAUUGUUGAUAGCAAACCAAAACAAAACAAACCAUCAAACAAACGAAACUUCAGGGACAACACUAUUGGUGGAUUUGUGCCCUCCUAGCAAACUUCGCCUUCAGUUUAUUUUGUAAAUGUUCUAUAAGAGGUGUUGUCCACAGACUUCCUUACACUGAGCUGUUUUUACAAGAAGUGUUUAUUUCAAACUGCUUGGUGCGGGGUUGGGGGCUGGUGAGGGGAAAAAUAAAAC